AUGUCAUGCUGGACUCAUGGAGAGGAGCAGAAGAAUUUCAUGGAGGAAACAGAGAAGAACCUGAGCAUUCUUGAGGAUGAGCUCAAAGGGAAGAAGUUUUUCGGAGGAGAAUCCAUCGGUAUCACAGACAUCGCGGCAAAUUUCUUAACCAUUUGGGUUAGUGUUCUCCAAGAAAUGGCUGGAAUUUGUAUAAUAAGUGAAGAGAAACAUCCCAACUUAUGGAAUUGGUCUCGAGAGUUCACUAGUUCUGAUAUUGUGAAAGAAUGCAUCCCUGAUAGGGAAAAACUACUUGCCCGCAUGCAAGCUCGAAGAGACGCUAUGUGA